UCCAUAACCUGAGGAAAACGAACGGAUAAAUUUAACUUCUGGGAUACAUUUUUUUAAAAUUGAAAAAUUCGGGUUCAUUCGUUAUUUCAAUUGAGAGUAAAAAUGGACAUUAAACCAACCAUUUGUCGUAUUUGUAUAGAUCAGAAUAAAUCCCUACAAUUGCUUUCAGAAGUGAACAUUGAAUGUGCUGAUAUCAUUUUACCGAUGUUGGAUGUUUUGAAAAUACUUUUUGGUAUUGAGUUCGAUUGUUCUACGUAUCAUAUUUGUCCUAGGUGCAUUGAACAUGCCACUAGUUCUUAUAAAUUCAAAGUUUUAUGGGAUGAAUCGAAUGUGAAGUACAGAAAUUAUCUUGAACGUUUCAAAAACCAGGCAUUCUUGUCAAAUACUACCGGUACACUGGGAAUAAAAGAAGAAAAACAGUCUAGUGAUGAUGACUUGCCUUUAUCAUAUUUUGCAAGUGCGAAUACUCAAAGUGAUUCUGAUCCAAACAUUAGAAAUGAAAGGGAAAUUGUCACUGAAAAGAAGAAAAACAGAAAAACUAAAAGAUUCAGUGCUGAAAUUUGGAACGAUCAGUUAGGCGAAUGCAAAUUUUGUAAAAAAUUAUUCAAGAAUAAAUAUGUUCUAAUAGCACAUGAAAAAAGACAUGAGAAUAAAGGAAAAUUUAUUUGUAAUGAAUGUGGAAAAGGUUUUGAUUCUAAAGGGUGUCUGAGUAGGCAUAUAAAGGUUCACACAGGGGAAAAGAAAUUUGAAUGCAAAGAGUGUCACAGAUGUUUUUUAUCGUCAAAUAAUUUGAGGCUUCACUCUAGGAGACAUAAUGGGAUCAAGCCCUAUUUGUGCACUCAGUGUGGAAAAUCAUUCAGCCAUCCUACAGGAUUAAAUUAUCAUUUGAGAACCCAUACUAGAGAAAGGCCUUACACUUGUGAAAUUUGCGGAAAAACAUUUGUUAUUAAAUGUCAUCUUGAUCGACACAAGAAAAUUCACACUGGAGAAAGACCAUUUGUUUGCAAGCAAUGCGAUCGGGCUUUCAUAAAGAAAAUCGACCUGCAGAGACACGAACAAAUACAUACUGGUGAAAAACCCCACAUCUGCCAGAUUUGCAACAAGUCCUUUCUCAGGAUUCUACACCUCAACUAUCAUAUGAUGGUGCACACAUCAGAACGUCCCCAUAGGUGUUCAUUCUGUGGGAAGGGUUUCAUCAGGAGGUACAACCUCACAAGUCACGUCAAGAAAUCGCAUUCAGAAGAUGCUGUUCGGGAAACAGAUAUCUCAAUCUCAUGACUGCCAGAUUUGAAGAAAAUAAAAAGAACGGCAUUACUCGCUUUUCUGUGGUUGUUCACAGAUCAUAUUUUAAUUGUUAGUCUGUGGUACUGCCCAUAGACAAAUAACACCAUAGAAAAAUUACCCUGGAACAAAUCACUCUAUGGUACUAUCCAUAGACAAAUUGCUCUGUGGUCUAUCCAUAGACAAAUUACUCUGUGGUCUAUCCAUAGACACAUUACUCUGUGGUACUAUCCAUAGACAAAUUACUCUGUGGUGCUAUCCAUAGACAAAUUACUCUGUGGUUCCAUCCAUAGACAAGUUACUCAGUGGUACUAUCCAUAGACAAAUUUAUAUAAUUUUUCUGUGGUUAUGUCAAAAAGUUGAAAUUACGAAGAACAUACUGACGAUGGUGGUGGUUAAAAGUGGAAAACAAGGCAGAAAAGGUGGAAAUUAUUAGAAUAAGAGUGAAAAACGUUUAUUAAAAUAUAAAAUUUCAUAAAAGUAUUUUACAUAUUUUUGUCUUUAUUGAUAACUUACAUCACAAAGAUAUGGAAAAAGGACGAGAAGUAGCUGUAACAAAAUGGAAAAUUAAUAAUUUAUAGGUGCUAUACAAGGCAGUGUUUCGUUCACUGAAUUGAAUUUUUUAUUGUUAUGAUUGAUAAUGUUGAUAUUUUGAGAUAUUUAUGGUGUAUUUUAUUGUCAUUUUAAGCUCUAAUAUGAAAUAGUUUUUUACUGAAUAAAAUGAUAAUGCUAUUUUUCA